GCUUCUUUAGGUAGCGGGAAAUAAUCAUUUCCUUGAAAGGGCGGGAUUUUGUUCUUAACAAUUAUGUUUUAAAAAGGAGAGUAUACUGCUUCAACGCACUCAGGACGAAGGAAGAGCAUUAAGCAUUAAGUAUGUCGGCCAAAGAGACCCUGAAGCGUAAUAAAACAAAAAUCCAGGAGGUUUUAUGUGGAGACUACAGAUUUAUCCUCAACAAAGUACAGGAGAAGGAGCUGAUAACUUCAAGGGAGUACAACAAUCUGAAGAACAUCAACAAAGAAGAUGUGGAGGGCCACGUGGUAGAGCUUGUAGACAAGAUGAUGAAUAAAGGUGAAGAAACCUGCCAACAUUUCCUGGAUCUGCUGCAAACGGAUGAAGUCACUGGAACCUAUCCUGACCUGAAGAACAUACAGCUCAGGGACAUCAGAGUUGUGACCGAGCCAGUCAGAGUUACCGCACCUUAUUGUGGUGACAUGGUGCCAGAGAGUAAAAGGCAGAAGAAGGAGGAGCUUUAUGAACUAAAAAGUCAGCCUGUUGGUCUCUGCCUGAUCAUAAACAACGAGAAAUUCAUUGGCAGGGAUCCGAGAAGGGGGACAAACAAAGAUGCCGAUAGCCUGGCGAAGGUGUUCAGCUGGCUGGGCUUCAGAGUGCUGAUGUGUAAAGACCAAACCAGGGACCAGAUGAAAGAGACACUGCAGUGCUUUGCUUCUCUUCCUGGUGACGUCCAGCCGCAGAACUUGAGCCUUCAGGAAUGGUCUGGCAGCUGUUUCACUGCUCCCCAGCAGAUCCUUGAGCAUGGUGAUGCAUUUGUCUGUUGCAUUCUGAGCCAUGGCUCACUGGGUGCAGUUUUGGGGAUUGACUCACAGCCUCUUGUCAUUAAAGAUAUUACAAGAUAUUUUAAGGCCACUAAAGAGUCACCCCUCACUGGCAAACCCAAAAUGUUCCUCAUCCAGGCCUGCCAAGGAACCAAAAUACAGCAAGGGGUGUUGCUGAAAGAUGUGGAGGAGGAUAGUUUAACCAGCAUUCCUGAGGAAGCAGAUGUUCUUGUUGCUUUGGCCACCGUUGAAGAUCAUGCAGCCUUAAGACACUGUAUAGAAGGAAGCUGGUUUGUCCAAUCUGUGUGUGAGCAGCUGAAAGAGCACUGUCCCAGGGGAGAAGACAUAACUUCCAUCCUGCUCCAUGUAAAUGACCAAGUUGGUCAGAAAGAGGGCUCCAUUUGUCUUGGUAAAAUAAAGCAGGCACCUGAAGUGAGGUUCACUCUGAGGAAGAAACUCGUGCUGUCGCCACAUUCCCCGUAGAGCACCACAACUCCUGCAAAAAGGGCUGGCCUUUAGGACGUUCUUUAUCUCUGGAAAACAUUUGCCAAAAAUAUUCCUUCUCGUUUUCCUUUUAUGCUGUACUUUCUGAAAUCUAAUUUUACAUUAAGUGGCACCAUUUUGUACUCGUACUCGUCGUCUUCCGCUUAUCCGGGACCGGGUCGCGGGGGCAGCAGACUCAACAGAGACGCCCAGAUGUCCCUCUCUCCAGACACCUAAUCCAGUUCCUCCAGGGGGAGC